CCCGCCAGCUUCUGAGCCGGGAGGAUGGUGGGAUUCGGGGCCAACCGGCGGGCCGGGCGCCUGCCCUCCCUGGUGCUGCUGGGGCUGCUGGUGGUGAUCGCAAUCCUCGCCUUCAACUACUUGAGGGUCUCCUCCCGCCACGUCCUGCUUCAGGAGGAGAUGCUGGAGCUGCAGAGCCAGGUGCAGAGGACCGAGGUCGCCCGCAGUCACCUGGAGAAGCGCAACUCGGACCUCCUGCUGCUGGUGGACUCGCACAAGAAGCAGAUGGACCAGAAGGAGGCCGACUACGGCCUCCUCAGCAGCCGGCUGCAGGCCAGGGAAGGCCAGGGGAAGAGAUGUGAAGAUGACAAGGUUAAACUACAGAACAACAUAUCAUAUCAGAUGGCAGACAUACAUCGUUUAAAGGAACAACUUGCUGAGCUUCGUCAAGAAUUCCUUCGACAAGAGGAUCAACUUCACGAUUACAAGAAAAACAAUACUUACUUUGGGAAGAGAUUAGAGUAUGAAAGUUUUCAGUGUGGGCAACAGAUCAAGGAACUAAGAGCACAGCAUGAAGAAAAUAUAAAAAAGUUAGCAGAUCAGUUUUUGCAAGAACAAAAGCAAGAGGCCCUAAAGACUCAGCAGAAUAAUGUAAUUGAACUGGAUGCAAAAGAUCAGGAAGUACCCAAAAAUAUUCCAAGUGAAGCUGAGAAUGCUGCAGAUAAGAAUGAGAAACCCUCAAGCAAUCAUGUUGCACAUGGGAAAGAACAAAUUAAACGAGCUGGUGAUGCAGGCAUGCCUGGAAUAGAAGAGAAUGACCUUGCAAAAGCUGAUGAUCUUCCUACCUCUUUAAAGAAGCCCCUUUUUUCAGUUUCUCAGCAUGAAAGCCGUCAAGAAAAUGUACAUUCUCCAACUGGAGAGCCUCAUCCCCCAAAUAUGGCACCAGAUUUGCAUGUUAGCAACAUUGGAAACCCUGACACUUUGAAGCUGAUCCCUCCCAAUCCUCUUCAGCGUUUAAUUCCUGGCCCAAACUUGGAGAAUGAAAAUGAACACAAAAUUCAGACAGACAUGUUAAAGCAGGCUUCAAAGGAUAGAGUUGGUGACUUCCAUAAGAUGAAACAAAGCCGGUUCUUUGAUGAAAAUGAAUCCCCUGUUGAUCCGCAGCAUGGCUCUAAAUUGGCGGAUUAUAAUGGGGAUGAUGGUAACGUAGGUGAGUAUGAGGCAGACAAGCAGGCUGAGCUGGCUUACAAUGAGGAAGAAGAUGGUGAUGGUGGAGAAGAAGACGUCCAAGACGAUGAAGAACGUGAACUUCAAAUGGACCCUGCAGACUAUGGGAAGCAACACUUCAAUGAUGUCCUAUAAAUUCUGUACUGGAGGAAAACUGCAGAAAAACUGAAUUGCUGUAAAAUGGAACCAUUUCUGCUUCAUUGUUUCUUGGCUUUUAUUUUAAAAAUCACCUGUAAAGAAACAAUGAUAAGAACCUUAAUAGAGAACUUUAAUAGAGAAAUGUACAUAUGUAUAUAUUUGAACUUUUGCAUAUUGUAUAAUGAAAUCCAGAGAUGUUUUUGGUUCUUUUAUAGUUGAACCAAUAAACAAAGAAAACAAAAACUAUAAUCUUUGCAUUUAAAGCAAGCUAAUGUAUCUACUUCAAAAUUUUAGUUUGAAUUGUUUCCUUAAGUUGGUAAAUUGGAAAUAUGGUGAUAUAGUUUAUAUGUUGAACAUAGCAUAUCCAGAAUGGUGGGAAUAAGCUGAAAACUUUCUUUUAUACACAAAUAUAUUCUUGAUUGAUUCAAUACAUGUUCUGCUCCAUCCCUCUGCUGCUCAUUUCAAGUUUUUUGGAGAACGACACCUAGAUACCUAAGUGUAAGGGGGAUAGGGGAUAUAGGAGGGUAGCAUGUGUGAAAACUCACCUCCCUACCCCUUUUGUUUUACGUGGGUGCUGUUUUGUGUUCUGAGGAUAAACUUUCAAAAGGUGAGAUAACCUGGAAACACAUACAUUCUUUUGAUGGUUGUAUCUCAUCAAUUGAAAAAAUUGAAAAUUAAAUUGAAAUUGAAUUGAAGGGAAAAAAACCGGAUGGCUAUAUUUUUACCUUUUUAAUACCAGUACUAUUUAACUGUAGGCAACAGAGAUGAUACUUUUUAUAUCUCCAGUUAAGAUUGGUAAUAGUGUUCAUGAUUUAAAUGCCAGAUCCUGGAUGGGGCUAAAUUGGCUUCAUAGAAAACCUGAUAUCAGUAUUUCACAGAUUCUCUAGUAGUUUUAGAGAAUUCUCUACAGUGCAGUAUUUUCCUACACUUUAUCAAAAUGAAUAUACAUGGAAUUUUAAAACAUUUUUGAUGAAUGUCCAAACUGUUAAUAGAAGUAUAAUGAGUCUACAGCUGUUUUAUUACAAAUAAUUUAAAAGUUUAUAUUAGAGAGGUCUGAGGUAUAUAUAAUUUGCUAUUACUUAAUGUUAUUGUUAAAAACCCAUUUAUCUCAUAAAUAUUUAAAUCUCAGUUACUCAAAAUUAAUUUAAAUGCAGAUAUCUUAAGACAUUUGACCUAUUUGACAUUGUUGGUUUUCUAUCUCACUAGAAUUUGUAAGUUACGUAAUUUUUGUAAUCUGGUUUAAAGCACUUUUAAAUUUUACAGAAAUAGUUCUAUUCACUUAAAAGGAGAAUUUAAGAAUGUUAACCCUAACUGCUAUUCAGAAGGGCUACUGUUAAUAGCACAUAAACAUAAAGAUAUUUUUCUCUUUCUGUACUCAGGUUGAAGUCUAAAUCACAAAUAAUAGAGAUAAGUGGAUCACUCAUUUCAUUAACUGUUCCAGGUUUUGGGGAAUUCAUUUUGCAACCAGGAGAAGGUGCUGUAGUUUAGGCAAUGAACAAGCUUUUUUUGCACCACCCCAAGAUUGGCUCCUUUGUCACUAAUAGGAUAAAGCCUGCUGUGGAGAGAGAUAGUUCAUAGAACAAUUUAAAUACUGUUAAGGAGGCAGUGGGGGUGCAGGGGAGGUUGAAAAGACUUCCAGUAAUACUGUGUAUCUAAUACUGUACAAUCUUACAGAAUUUUAAAACAUUUGCCUUAGUUCCUUUGGCCUAAAACCAAUCACUUGGGCAUCUUAAUAGCCAUUACUUAUUUACACAGUUAAAUUUCUACCAGUAGCCUAAAAUUUUUAUAACCCUAGAAAUCUAGAUCCAAUUGAUAGAAUUUCUCUUAGUAUUAUAAAAACAUAUACAUCUCUUAAGACUGACAUUCUACAGACUGUAUUAGAAAUGCUGGUUUUGUGAUGUUUACUUCUGCCUUAAGAUUUAAUUUUUUAUGUAUUUUUGCCCCACAUUGUGUUAAUAUGAUGGAAACUUUGCUAUUGCAAUCACCACUUUCUGGGUCCUACUAAAUUAAGAAUGAAUAAAAAAAACUUUUCAUUUUA